AGUCGGCGUGGUGGUCCGCACGGAGGAGCCACCGCCCUCUCCCGCGCGCGCGCAUCUACACUACCGGCAUCUCCCGCCGCGUCAUGUCCAGCGCCGCUCGGCUCUAGAGCCCGGCGCCUCUCCUCGCCAGCCCGAAGCCGCGCCCACCGCCCAAAGCCAGAGGGGAUGGUGGUAGUCACGGGGCGGGAGCCAGACAUCCGUGCGCCCGAGGGUGCCAUGUCCAGCUCCGACGCAGAGGACGACUUUCUGGAGCCGGCCACCCCGACGGCCACGCAGGCGGGGCCCGCGCUGCCCCUGCUGCCCCAGGAGUUUCCUGAGGUUGUCCCCCUGAACAUUGGAGGGGCACACUUCACCACGUGCCUGUCCACGCUACGGCGCUAUGAGGACACCAUGCUGGCGGCCAUGUUCAGCGGGCGGCACUACAUCCCCACAGACUCAGAGGGCCGCUACUUCAUUGAUCGUGACGGCACCCACUUCGGAGAUGUGCUGAACUUCCUGCGCUCAGGAGACCUGCCGCCACGGGAGCGGGUGCGGGCCGUGCACAAGGAGGCACAGUUCUAUGCCAUCGGUCCCCUCCUGGAGCAGCUGGAAGACAUGCAGCCGCUGAAGGGCGAGAAGGUGCGCCAGGCCUUUCUAGGGCUCAUGCCCUACUACAAAGAGCAUCUGGAGCGGAUCGUGGAGAUCGCCCGGCUGCGUGCUGUGCAGCGCAAGGCCCGCUUUGCCAAGCUCAAGGUCUGUGUGUUCAAGGAGGAGAUGCCAGUCACUCCGUACGAGUGCCCACUCCUCAGCUCCCUGCGCUUUGAGCGCGGUGACAGUGACCGGCAGCGGCUGGAGCACCACUGUGAGGUAGACGUGUCCUUUGGGCCCUGGGAGGCCGUGGCAGAUGUGUACGACUUGCUGCACUGCCUGGUCACCGACCUGUCAGCCCAGGGCCUCACGGUGCACCAUCAGUGCAUUGGCGUGUGUGACAAGCACCUGGUCAACCACUACUACUGCAAGCGCCCCAUCUAUGAGUUCAAGAUUACCUGGUGGUGAGUAGCUGGGGCCUGUGCCCCCCUCUCCAGCCCAGGCCUUGGACGCUUGGCUGGGCAAGGAUGCGGCUGGAGGCUCAGCUCCAGAGGACAGGCGGAUGCUGUUGGCCCUUGGCCUGUGGCCCACACUGGAGGCAUGGCAGCCCUCAUGGGCGUAUUUGUCACCUGCUCCACCUUUCAAGAGUUUCUUCCCAUUUUAGAGCCACUUUACUGGUGGUUCCCGGGUCAGGCAUCCCUUCCAUGCUUUGUGGAGCAUGGGGCAUUUGCCUUGCUGAAGAAGAUAGUCUUUCUCUCCCAGUGUACCCCUCCUCCCAAAGGGCAGGCCCCCAUGUUGUCUAAGGAUGCAGAAAGGCUGCCUCCCUGGCCCAGGUCCUGCACGACUCUCUGGAGACAACUGUGGUUGCAGAGCCCCAUACCAGUCUGGCCUUAGAAAACCACCAUGUUUACAGCCCUGCCUCAGGGCCUUGCCUCCUGCCUUCUACCAGCUGUCCCCGCCUUCUACCAGCUGCCACAGACAUGUGAAGAUUCCUGAAGACGAGGAACAAGACACUGGGGGGCUGCUGCCACCGAGUGUGACAUGAGCGGAGCCUCCUCUCCUAGGAGCAUUUCCACUUGGGGAAGUAGAGGAAAGGCUGGGUGGAAGCCUCAGCAGCCAAGACAGUGGCACGGCUCCUGCCUGUGAGUCCUAGGCUGCACAGGGGAUGGGAGGACAGCACAGUGGCCAACUGCUCCUGCUGGCUUCAGCUUGGACCGGCCAGCCCCGGGAGGGCAGCUGUGUAGCUCCCACACCGAGUUCAGUACCUGAGCUGUGUCAGCCAUCCCUGGGUGUUUUUGAAGAGAGAUUUUCUAUAUGUAAAGCAAUUGACCUUGGUCUAAGGGAUGGUCAGACAAGGUAGAGGAAGGGAGGGCAGAAGACAGCACCUCCUGAGGAGGAAGACACUGCCGUCCCGCUGGGCUGGAGGAGGCAGGCUUGGACGUUCGAGGUGUGGCGGGGCUCUGGUUUGGAACCCCUACUUCACUCUUGUGUAGGUGAACAUGGGAUGUGUCCCAGAGGAAAGGCCUGUCCUCCAUGUUACCCGGUCUCAGUGUUGUUCUCAUAAGCAAAUGCUGACUCUGCUUGGCACUUAACACGGUGACUUUUUUUUUUAAAUGAUGGUGCUGGGGAUUGAACCCAGGGUCUCACUCAUGCAGACAAGUGUUACACCAGAGCCAUGCCCCAGCCCUUUUGCUUUUGUUGUUCUUAAGGUAUAAUCUCAUUAACUUUAUCCAGACUGGCCUUGAACUCUCAAUCCUCCUGCCUCUGCCUCCUGAGUAGCUGUAUUUUGUAUGCUACCACACCCAGCUCCAUCCUGUGCCUCUUGGCUUGUUCCAACAGAAAAAUGUUUCAUUUAACUUGCUUUAACACCACUCUUGUCACAGAGCCUUUCAACGCCUGGCAAGUCAGAAUUCAUCCAGGAAAGACGGGGAGAAACUGGUUUGCUCCCCUGUGGCCCCAGAGUCCUGCUUGGAGUUACAAAGAUGCUAGGUAUGCCUCUGUUUCUGUGCCUCUGCCUCUCACUGGAGAUGCCCUGCUAUGCUGGUCCUCUAAGUGCCCCUGUGGUGGCUCGUGAGGAGAGAAGGCCCUGGGUUGCUAGGGAAGGCAGAGGGGACAAGUGGGGGGCUGGCCUGGAGCUCUUUCCUUUCCUCACCUCCUUUCUCCUUGCUUUUCCUUUUGUUCUUCCUCUCUCCCCUUCCUUUUUCAUUCCCUCCAUUCUCCCCCCCCCCUUUAUGUUUUACUCAAGGGUUAAGGGUGGAUCAAACCUUGUACUGAAUUCUCUUGUAGAAAGUCUAUAAGUUUCUAAGGCUGGACAUAGUAGCCCAUAUCAAUAAUCCCAACUACUAGGAAGGUGGAGAUAGGAGGAUUGUGGUUUGAGGCCAGUCCAGGCAAAGAGUUAGAGCCUGUCUUAAAGAACAAACCAAGUGUAGUGGUUCACAACUGUAAUCUUAGCCACAUGGGCAGCAUAGGUAGAAGGACCCUGGUUACAGGCUGGCCAUGGCAAAAAAGGCAAGACCCUGUCUGGAAAAUAACUAAAGCAAAAGGGGUG